GCAAAAUGCAAAGUGAGGCAUGGUUUUUUAAUUACUAACGAAAAACACUGACCAAUAAGAACACGCAUAGGGCCCACACUGAGCCCUAACCGAGCCGGGAGAGGGGGCAAACCUAAAUGGGGCGAGUUGAGGCCAUUUUUUUCAUGAACUAAACAUCACAACCACAUCUUUAAAAUAUGUCAAUGAGCACUACUACAUUCGUUCUACUAUCGGUGUAACGUUUAGUUACUUCAAGAAUGGUAGGAGGCGCUAGUGACAUCACAACGCGUCCAACGGACGCUACUACCAUUAUUUGGCGCGAAAAGGAAGACGGCGUGGUCAGAAAGAUUCAGGGUUAUAAAAAGUCGGUCUUUUAAUUAAAUUUGUACGAGUGAAAGCAAAGUUUAACGACUUUUCGAAAAUUAGUUUGUAGUUUUAAGAAGAGGCAGAUUUGUAUCUACAGUACGGACGGUAUCAUAAAUAUUUCAAAAUGGACCAUCGUAAAUGUGCGGUAACGAAUUGCAAAUUCUCGACACUGAAAAAUAUUAAGCUCAGAGCAUUUCCGAAUAUUAAAACAGAUAAGGAGCGAUGCCUCAAGUGGAUUGCUGCAUGUGGCAAUCCAAAGUUGCAACGAGUAAGGCAUUGCGCUAUUUGCGACAAUCAUUUUGAAAAUAAAUAUAAAUUAAGUAAGCACCUUAGCAGGACAGCGGUCCCGACUUUGUAUUUACCGGAACCAAUAGAUGUCGCAGGAUUGGAAAACCAACCGGGGCCCAGCAUCGUGGAUGGAGACAAUGAUAAGCCUAUGGACGUGGAUAAUGGUAAGGAAAUUUAA